AUGAGCGACUUCCAUUACAACCAUUUCAGUGGAGUAGACAUUCAAGAAAGUGAUCGUAAUGAUGAUGACAGUGACAGUUGGAUUACUGAUUAUGGUACAGAUGACGAAGAUUUUGAUGAAUCUGAGGUUAUUCCGGGAACAGUUUGUUUAUUUUGCAAUUAUGGUUCAAAGAAUGUGGAAACAAAUUUGAUACAUAUGAGCGUAUCGCAUGGAUUUUUUCUUCCAGAUGCAGAGUUCUGUACAGACGUUAACGGCAUGCUGCAUUAUUUAGGUUUAAAAGUUGGUAGUGGUAAUAUGUGCUUGGUAUGUAAUGAGCGGAAAAGAUUCUGCUCAUUAGAUGCAUGCCAAAAACAUAUGCGCGAUAAGGGACAUUGCCGUGUUGCCUGCAGUAUAGAGGAAAUGAUCGAGUUUGAAAACUUUUAUGAUUAUAGUUCCAUGUAUCCAGAAGGGGAAGACGAUGAUAAAUCUUAUUCUGUCGCUUUAACGGAUGACGGGUAUACACUUACUUUGCCAUCAGGCGCAAAAAUUGGACAUCGUUCGUUGUUACGUUAUUAUAAGCAGCGUUUGAAGUCGGUAGCAUGUGAACCUAAAAGUGAUCAUCAGAGAAAAGAGAUCCUUAAAAAAGCGAUAAUUGGGCAAUACAAACAGUUGGGUUGGACUGGAAUAUCUGAAACAUUGGCAGUGCUGCGAGCGAAGGAUGUGCGAUAUAUGAAGAAAAUAAACUCUAAAAACUGGGUUAAACUGGGCCUUAAUAAUAACCGUUUGUUUAAAUCGCGUGGUAGAAGUGAUCAAUAA